UCUGCAUUUGUUCUUCGUGCUUUUAAUGUUGAGACUGCUAGAGCCAUGGAUGUUGCUUCUGACCCCAAAAUUGGCCUUAUGCGCCUGCUCUGGUGGCAAGAAGCCAUAGACAAUAUCUUUGCCAACAAGUUAAUUGAGCACCAAGCAGCUCAGGCCCUUGCAUCUGUGAUAUCUGAGCAUAAAAUUAGCAAGAGCUGGCUGAAACGAUCUGUUGAGGCUCGGAUCAAUGAUGCAAGAAGAGAGGUUACUGAUAUUCCUGAAACUGUAGAAGAGUUGGAGAAAUAUGCUGAGGACAUUGUAUCAACUCUUUUGUACACAACACUUCAAGCUGGUGAUAUCAGGUCCACUGUGGCAGAUCAUGCAGCGUCCCAUAUUGGUAAAGCAAGCGGUCUUCUUUUGCUGCUCAAGUCAUUGCCAUACCACGCUAGCCGCAACUUUCAGUUUUCUUACAUACCAUUUGAGGUGGCAGCCAAACAUGGGCUGUUGGUUCAGCAGGGAGGGAGGUCAGAGAUCUGUUUGGAUUCUCGUGAGGGGCUGCGUGAUGCCGUUUUUGAGAUUGCAUCUGUAGCCAAUGCGCAUCUGCAGAAGGCUCGUGAAUUCGCUGGAACAGUGCUUGCAGAAGCUUUGCCCAGUGCUUCUGCCAGCUGUGCCUGCUCAGGUUACUUUGGAUUCUUUGAGUCGUGUGCAGUUUGA